AUGGAUUCUGAUCAGCAAUCAUCUGCAUUUUCGUUCUACGAUGCCAGCCAGGAUGUUCAGCUGAAUCUCACGCCGUCACAGUCACAGGGGGAACUUAGCUCUACAUUCACACCUAUAGUGGAGACAGAAAGAGUCAAGGUGAUAUGGGGCACUACUAUAAAUAUUCAGGAGACGUCUGAACACUUCAAGGAGUUUAUCAGGAAGAACAGAGACUAUUACAGCAUCCUUGAGCAAAUGGAUCUCACCCAAGAAUUUGUAUUUGAUCUUAACUGCGAGGAUCUCUAUGAUGAGCUUCGAAGUCAGCUUGCAAUGUACCCACAGGAAGUACUCCCAAUACUUCAAGGCUCUCUCCAAGAAAUAUACACAGAGAACUUUCCAAGCUUCAAUGGAUCUAUCAGGAUCAGACCUUUCGGGAUAGGAAGGCCUCUUUCAAUAAGGAAUAUAAAUCCGAACGAUAUUGACAAGAUUGUGCAGAUAACAGGGAUGGUUAUCAGAUCAUCCUCUGUGAUCCCAGAAAUUGUGAGAGCUUUCUUUAAAUGCUCGAAGUGCCAGCAUGAAUGUUUUGUGGAAAGCGUAAGGAAUGUGAUUGAAGAGCCAAACAAAUGCGAGUGUGGAGGGAAGUAUACCCAUCAACUGGUCCAUAAUGCGAGUGAGUUUGAGGACAAGCAGAUAGCAAGGGUUCAAGAGCUACCUGAGGGAAUCCCCGACGGAACAACACCCAUGGCAAUGACAAUAGUAUGUAGAAAUGAAUUUGUCGAUGGGCUUGUUCCGGGGGAUAGAGUUAAAGUGAUAGGAGUUUUGAAGGCAACUCCAGUGAGGCUUAAUCCUGUGAUGAAGAAGAUUAAGAGCACGUUUAGAACUUAUCUCGAUCUCCUUAGUUACCAGGUGAUUAACAGAAGAAUCGAAGAAAGUGAUCCCAUUGAUAAGAUUAAUGAUCUUAGGAAAAGACCUGAAUUAUAUGAGAUACUGGCAAAUUCGAUAGCGCCUUCUGUAUGUGGGAUGGAAGAUACAAAGAAAGCCUUGCUUCUUCAGUUGUUUGGAGGGGUUAGGAAAGAACUUGAGAGUUCGAGGCUUAGAGGGGAUAUAAAUAUACUUCUAGCAGGAGAUCCUGGAAUAUCAAAAUCACAACUGCUAAGCUUCAUACAUAGGACCUCUGAAAGAGGCAUGUACACUAGUGGAAGGGGGUCUAGCGCUGUUGGGUUGACUGCGAGCGUGACCAAGGAUCCAGAUACAGGCCAGUUCAUCUUAGAAUCCGGAGCUCUUGUUCUAUCUGAUAACGGGGUAUGCUGCAUAGAUGAGUUUGACAAGAUGAGUGACACCACAAGAAGUGUAUUGCACGAGGUAAUGGAACAGCAGACUGUUUCUGUUGCGAAGGCAGGAAUCAUAACUACAUUGAAUGCAAGGUGCUCGAUUCUUGCAAGCUGCAACCCAAUUGAAAGCAAGUACAAUCCUCGGAAAAGCAUAGUUGAAAACAUCAAUCUUCCUCCAACCUUGCUGAGUAGGUUCGAUGUUGUAUGCUUGCUAAUUGAUAAAUCUGAUGAGCUCCAGGAUAGAGCCAUAGGUGAUCACAUUGUCUCUCUGUAUUCCGAGGGAGUAGCAAAAAAAGAGCAUGUUGAUGCAGGCCUUCUCAAGGCAUAUGUGAGAGAAGCAAAAAGAAUAGUGCCGAAGCUGACCUCAGAAAGUAUGAAGAUGCUAACUCAAGCAUAUGUUGAUCUUAGGCAAAUGGAUAAUGGAAGAACAAUAACUGCAACAACAAGACAGCUGGAGAGUUUAAUUCGACUAAGUGAAGCGCAUGCCAGAAUGAGGUUUUCAAGUACUGUCGAUGGCAAGGAUGUUAGGGAGGCAGUGAGAAUAAUAAGAGAAAGUCUUCUUAUGUAUGCGAUUGAUCCAUCUACUGGGAAGGUUGAUAUGGACAUGAUAAUUACAGGAAGAAGCACAUUUAAGAAUAAGAUGUUGGAAAGUCUAAAAGAUGCAAUUCUCCUUAUGGCUAAAGACAAAGUAGAGGUUUCUGAAAUAGUCAAAAUGACAGGUGCGGACGAAAAGAUGGUUCUGGAAGCCUUGGAAGAGCUUGUAUUGGAAGACAAAAUGAUGAGUUCUACCAAGGGGUUCUAUGAAAGAGCAGGGAGUUGA